CUGGGACGCUCUGAGUCGUUUUUUCAAUGUAUUCCGUACUACUCACUUUCACUUCAAAAAAAUUAAAAAGGAAAAAAAAUCGGUUGAUUAUCUCCGGUGAGUUCAAGCCGGGAAGUCUUACCGGCGAUCUCUCCGGAAAAGGUGUUUUGGAGGGUGAAAGAAGCUUGGUUUUUGAUUGAGUGAAGACGAGUCUGAUUGUAAGGUUGGCGAGAAAUGUCUUUCCAGCAAAAGAGUUUAUGGAUGCCGAGAGAUGGAUCAUUUCUAAGUAACGGAGAGAUGGGUUAUGAUGAUUCUUCAAAAUCUGAAGCAAAGCGGGGUCAUCAAUGGUUUAUGGAUGCCGCUGCAUCAGAAUUGUUCAGCAACAAGAAGCAAGCAAUAGAAUCCUUUAACAGCCAACCAGUUUCAGGAAUUGCAGACGUCAGUGUUUCUCCUUGGCAAAAUGCUUCCUGUUUUCAGUCGGUUUCUGGCCCAUUUGGUGACCACCUAUUUGGAUCUGAGUCCAUACGAACAGUCAACUUGGUUGAUAGGAACAUUUCUUCUGUUGACACUGGAAAUUUGAAUAUGGGAAGAAAGGAUUUUGAGGAUCAAUAUGGUAGUGGUUCAUCUGCGGCUUUGUCUAUGUCCCAUACCAUUGAAGAUGCCUCUUCAUGUCUCAGUUUUGGUGGAUUAAGGAAAGUUAAGGUCAAUCAAGUUAGGGAUUCCAACAACGACAUGCGAACAUUAAUGGGGCACCCGUAUGGCGGAGGAUUUAAUAGCACUAUUUCAAUGUCUUCCGUUUUCGGUAAAAAUGGUAAUGCCAUAUUGCUGGGCCCAACAUAUCGAAGUGAGGAUGAAAGUACCAGACCAAUGGGCCCAACAUUCAGUAAGACAGAUGGCAAUUUUAUUUCAAUUGGUCAUACCUUUAACAAGAGGGCUAAUGACUUUAUACCUGUGGGCCACAAUUACAAGGGAAAUGACAGUAUUUUAUCGAUGGGUCAGCCUUUUGACAAGGAGGAUGGCAAUUUUAUUUCAAUCGGUCAGUCAUUCGAGAAGGGAGAUGCAAACUUAAUUUCAUUAAGCCCUUUUUAUGGUAAGGGACAAGAAAAUUUCAUUUCAAUGGCCCCUGCAUAUAGUAAACCGAAUGAGAGUUUGAUUUCAAUGGCAUCCUCUUUUGAUAAGGAAGGUGAUAAUAUCAUACCAGUGGGACCUUCCUAUCAUAAGGCAGACUGUAACAUCACAGCCAUGGCUCCUAGGCAAGAUAAAGGAGAGUCUAAUAUUCUUUCUAUGCAUCCUAACUACAAGAAGGGUGAAAGCAAUACAAUAUCUUUUGGGGGCUUCCAUGAUGAAUCCAGGGAAAAUUGCUCAGGUAGUAUUAUUAGUGGUUAUGACUUAUUGAUGAGUAAUCAGAAUUCAGCACAAGCUUCGGAAGUGCCCUGCCAGCAAGUUUUGGUUGAGUCGAAUCCAGAUUCAAAUGUAAAUGGUGCCCCCCAAAAUAGUUCUACAACUGAUACCAACCCGAAGCAUAAAGAAUCAAAGACUUCUAAAAAGGUUUCUCCCAACAAUUUCCCUUCCAAUGUCAAAAGCCUGUUAUCAACUGGUAUGCUUGACGGAGUUGUUGUGAAGUAUGUUUCUUGGUCACGCGAGAAAAGCCUUAAAGGAUAUAUACAAGGGACUGGGUAUAUGUGUGGCUGCAAAGACUGCAACUUUGAAAAAGCUCUUAAUGCAUAUGAGUUUGAGCGCCAUGCUAAUUGCAAGACCAAACACCCAAAUAAUCAUAUUUACUUUGAGAGUGGGAAGACCAUAUAUGCUGUUGUUCAGGAGCUCAAGAACACUCCACAAGAGUUGCUUUUUGAUGCAAUUCAAACUGUGACAGGUUCUCAAAUCAACCAGAAGAACUUUCGCAUCUGGAAAGCAUCAUAUCAAGCUGCCACCCGUGAACUUCAGCGUAUAUACGGAAAGGAUGAUGCUGCUGUGUCAUCUUGAGAUGAAGACUCAGCCUUUCAAAUCUUGUUGUGAGGUGGGUCAGAUCUGUGCAUUGCAGCUUGUAUUUUUGUACUAAACUAUAGACUUGUUUUGGGAUUUCAAUAAUUUAUGCAGAUGAAUGCUUUAGAUAUCGUGGCUUUCCAAAAUUUUCUAAA